UGCAGCUGUCACUGGGUUAGAACCCGUCAACCUUGAAGAGAGCGGUCGGUCUGGACAGCCAGAAUUCCUCGGAGCCGACUGCUGCUUCUGCAGAGCAAACCGGAGCUCACGUCCAACCUGGAGACAUUUUUUUUUGCUGCAUUCGCGAUGGUCUGAGCGUGACUACUGGGCGCUGAGUAGAGGCAUCCCUCCUCUCUCUCUCUCUCUUUUCCACCCCCGCCUCCCCUCUCUCUCUCUCUGUUUUUUCGUGGUGGGCUCGGCACAGGCUGCCCAGUCACUUAGCCCCCUUUCUGCAGCGCUGGGGAAGCUGGUAGCGAUGGGACCACUCGGUUUCAGCACCACGGAGAGCGCCCGGCUUCUACUGCUCGGUGUGCUGGCGCUGUCCGUGGUGCUGGCGGAGCAGGAGGGGGAGAACCUGUCCGGUCUCUCCAACAACCCGGACAAAGCCAUCUUCGCGGUGCGUGAGAAUGGCACGACAUGCUUGAUGGUGGAAUUCGCCGUGAGAUUCCUCGUGCCAUAUGACGUGCUCGCGCUCAAUGGGAUAGACCUGAUCACCGAACAGGCGGCGUUCACACUGCCCCGUGGUGCAGAAAUCGAGGGGAAAUGCGGGAGCGCGGAGUCGGAGAUCCACAUAUCCUGGAAGAACAACGCCUACACACUCCGCAUCUACUUCUCUAAGGAGCUCCGUGACAAGGGCAUCGAGGUGUGGAAGAUUAGCAAGGUCCAGUUCGUCUAUGACACCUCGGAGACUUCGCAUUUCAUCAACGCCUACAACCCUGGGAAGCACACAGCCAGCACCCACCGCCUGUCAGCCCUGGUGACACCCGCCGGACACUCCUAUGUGUGCACGGCGCAGCAGACUCUCACCCUCAUCUCGAGCGACCACCAGAAGGGCGUCACUGUCUCCAUGUAUGACAUCCAGAUCCAGCCCUUCGACAUCGCCUCUGACUUUAUGUUCAGCGAACCCUACAAGUGCAUCACCGACCAGCGGGAGCGCCUGGAGGAGACCCUCCCCCUCAUCCUGGGCUUCAUCUUGGCCCUCAUCAUCGUCAUCACGCUCACCGUCUACCACUUCCACCUGAAGCUCACAGCGACGCAGACCCAGCUGCCCAGAGAUCGCUCCAUGUACAAGAACAUGUAGCCUGCAGCACGGCGGCAGCGGCGGCUCCCUCAGCUCUCUCCAAAGCUAACCUGAUAAAAGACUUGUCUCCUCGAUGUCCCGGACCUAACACCACGGAGGAAUGUGCCAUGUGAUGGACUGAAUCCCUGACAGAGAAUUGUGUGUACUGAAGGCCCACUGGAACUUUUCAACAGCUAAAACACAAGUUAACGGCACAGCUUGGGGCCUAGCAUGGAUGUAGUUGCAGGGUAAACCCACCAAAACCUAAUUUUCCCGGUUGCUGAAUUGAAUCCUAACGCCAUAAAUUCAUCUGUAUUACAGUAAUUAGAGUUUUAAUGAAAAUAGACAAAUGGAUUUAUGUUUUUAUGAAAAUAGAAUUAAUUUUUGUGAGAUCGGUGGUUGUUUGUCAACUAAAAAUCACCAACUUGACGAUCAAGUUCACCUAUUUUUCCCAUAACGUCACUGAGAUAUUGUUUAUCAAUUCUGCUGUUUUUAAUCAACUUCUCUUAAAAAAAAAAGAUUCACAUAUUGCCAGAGCUUCUGCUGUCAUUUUCCAACUGUUUGUUGUCUUCUCCUCCCUUUCUCUCUCUGAAACUGCUGCUAAAUCAUUUCAGUUGUCGGUUCUGUAUUUGCUAACUUGGUAUAUAUAUAUAUUUUUUUUGUUCAAGAAAACCUUUGAUUUCAUUUUUGAAUGCAACCAUAGUGUUUCACAGUGGACAAGUCUUGUAGUGUGUGCAGUGCAGUGGCAUUCAGAGUUGCAAUGUUUUUGCUUUGACUAAUCCUUUCUCC